AAAAUACAAGAACGUUGAACGAAAACUGCAUUUACAAUUUGUUUCGAUUUGUUUACUCAUUUCAGCGGCUACUUGUCUUGUGCAGUAUUAAUAGCUUUCGUAACUACUUAUCCCAUUCUGUUUACAUCCUUGUCUUGGGCUAAUAAUGUUUAUUUCCACCUAAAUACUUGCGUACACAUUCAUAUAUUUGUAUAUUAUUUUAUUGUCAAUAUGAAUGAAAUAUCUUCGUGAAGAAUUCUGAGUUUACAAUGGAAUGGACCAAUUUUAAAGUAUUGAAAUUGCCUGAUUCUGCUUAUUAUGUGCCGAACUUCAUCACGCCAAGUGAAGAAAGCCAACUUUUAGAGAAGAUAUACAGCUCUCCUAAGCCAAAGUGGAAAACUCUAUCCAACAGAAGAUUGCAGAAUUGGGGUGGCCUUCCUCAUCCAAAAGGAAUGAUCCAAGAAAAAUUACCUGAAUGGCUCUUAAACUAUGUAGACAAAGUAGGAACUCUAGGAAUAUUCCAGGAAAAGUUACCAAAUCAUGUCUUAAUAAAUGAAUAUUUGCCAGGACAAGGGAUUAUGCCUCAUGAAGAUGGGCCUCUCUUUUAUCCAACUAUAGCAACUAUAAAUCUUGGCUCACAUACAGUUUUAGAUUAUUAUGAAAAGCCUUGCAGUUCUGAAAAUUCAGAAUCGGAACACCAAAUUGAAAACUGUCAUUAUGUUGGAUCUCUUCUUCUGGAAAGAUGCAGUUUGCUUCUUGUUAAGGAUGAUUUGUAUACAAAGUAUCUUCAUGGAAUAAAAGAAAUUACAACAGAUGUAAUUGAUGAAAACAUUAAAAAUUUAAGCAUGUCUAAUAUUGAAAAUGCAAAUGAAUUGAAAAGGCAGUCAAGAAUAUCACUAACCAUAAGGCAUGUGCCACACACUAUUAAAGCAAAUCGAAUAUUUGGAAUAAAAUAAAGAAAAAUUUUGUAGUUUU